AAUGCCUUUUUUUUUAACAGCUUUAUCACACACUAAACCUUCGCAGAGCAAGCAUGUUGAUUCUUCUGGCUUUCAUUAUUGUGUUUCACAUAACUUCAGCAGCGCUGUUGUUCAUCUCAACCAUUGACAAUGCCUGGUGGGUAGGAAAAGACUUUUCCACAGAUGUCUGGAAAGUCUGUGUCAACAUCACCAACUGUACAGUCAUUAAUGAAAGCAAUUCAGAAUAUCAGUCUGUGCAGGCUGUUCAAGCCACUAUGAUCCUGUCUACUAUCUUUUGCUGUGUUGCAUUUCUGGUUUUCAUUCUUCAACUCUUCCGUCUAAAGCAAGGAGAAAGAUUUGUAUUAACUUCUACUAUUCAGCUGCUGUCAUGCCUCUGCGUUAUGAUUGCAGCCUCCAUUUAUACAAACAGGCAUAAAGAUUUGCACGAGAGUCAUGGAUACCCAUCUGAGAUUUUAAAUGGCCAAUAUGGAUAUUCCUUCAUCUUAGCUUGGAUUGCAUUUGUUUUUACUCUGAUCAGUGGUGUCAUGUACCUAGUUUUAAGGAAACGUAAAUAAAUGUCAGCAGACAGUUAUUUCUGUUACUGCAGUACAGAAGCAGAAUUCCAGUAACACUUUUGUAUAAAACCAUUUGUGUUUUUAUAGUAAAGGUAUUGUUUCUCUAAAAAUGUACUGCAUUCUUGGUAUGAAAGAUUAUCGGAAAAAAUGCAAACUUACUGGAACACUUUGCCAGCCAAGGUUAUAUUAGGUUUCCUAUGUUUCACAACUUUAACUGGCUAUCUAGGCAUUAACAAGAGUUUGAUCUUACCUUCUAAAUGAUACACACCAUGCGUAGUUUAAAAGAUACAGUACUUGCUUAUUACAUGAUUAGCAAUGAGCUAAUUCUUAGGCUACGUCUAUACUGCACUCUUCUUGUGCAAAAGCCUAUGCAAAUGAAGCACAGAUUAGCAUAUUGUCACACUUCA